AUGCAUUACAUCAACUACGUCGCCGGCUUGGCUUCCCUCUUGGGUACAGCCAAUGCUGCCUUCGGCCUCACGACGACAGACAAAUCUUUCAAAGUCGACACCAACGGUGGACUUGUGUUUGAAGUCAGCAAUCUCGUCUACAAUGGCGUCGAGUACCAAGAGCCAUCCAAGAUGUCGCAAAUCAACUCCGGCCUCGGGCAGUCAACUGUCACGGCCGACACCGUCAAUGGUUUUGUCAAGAUCACCGUCCAGGCUAGCUCCCAACCCCUAACGCACUACUUCAUCGCCAAACCGAACGAGCCGACCAUCUAUAUGGGAACACACAUUACAGGCGAGAUAGCCCCCGGCGAACUGCGUUGGCUUGCCCGUCUGAAGCGUUCGGAAGUUCCGACAGGAUGGCAUGGCGAUGUUGCCAACGUCGACGGAUGCACCGCUUUCGAAGGAAAGGACACCUUCGUUUGCGCAGAUAAGACAACAAGGUGCAAGAUGUACACCUCGGAUCGAUUCAUCGAUGACAAAGUCCAUGGUGUGAAUGGCAGUGGUGUCGGUGUAUGGAUGAUUAUGCCUGGUAACGCAUACGAGCACUCUGCUGGCGGUCCGUUCAUGAGAGACAUCAACUCGCAGAGCACUGCUGAGCAGGAGUUGACCUGGUACAUGAAUAGUGGUCAUGUCAGGACUGAGCCGUGGCGCUUCGGCCUUCUGGGCCCCUACGCAAUGAAGUUCACAACCGGUGAACAGCCGUCAGGCGAGCUCGACACCAGCUUCUUUAGCUCCCUCGACAUCACAGGGUAUGUCGCAGACAGCGAUCGCGGCAGCGUUUCCGGCACGGCCACUGGUGUCGCAGAGAAAUCGGAAGCGGUCGUCCACUGGUUCAACAGCGACGCGCAGUACUGGACCAAGGCAUCCUCUGGGAAGUUCACGUCCCCCUUGAUGAAGCCCGGAACCUAUACCAUGAAGCUUUACCGCAAUGAGUUCCCGAUAGCGCAGGAAACCGUCACGGUCGCGAAGGGCCAAAAGGUUACCAAGAACAUCGCAUCCACCGAACAGAAGCCAUCUGUUAUUUGGCGCAUUGGUGAGUUCGAUGGACAGCCAUUCGAGCUGAAGAACGGCGAUAAGAUCGAACGGAUGCACCCCUCAGAUGUCCGCAUGGCAAGCUGGGGAGGAACUUACACUGUCGGCAAAUCUGAGGCCAAGGACUUCCCCAUGGCCCUGUUUGCCAAGGAGGGAGGUGUUGCCACUGUUAACUUCAAUCUUGCUGCCGACCAGCUUGAAGGUGUCGUUUUACGCGUAGGUACGACGUUGUCUUUCAAGGGUGGACGACCAAAGGCAACUAUCAAUGACUGGGAGGCGAAAGAUCCCGGUGCUCCGACCUUGAUUGACUCUCGCGGUGUGACUCGAGGCGCAUACCGUGGUUUUGGAGAAGUUUACAACUGGACCGUACCCGCCACCGCCUUGAAGGAGGGCGCAAACACCCUCACUCUUGGUGUUUUUGGCUCAGGUGACCUGAACUUUUUGAGCGCAAACUACAUCGUUGAUGCCAUUGAGUUACAGGGGCUCAAGAAGCUAGCAAUCACAUAUGCUACAGACAGCGAUGCGGCUCAAGUCACCUUGGACGAGUGCCGCCGCCACGGAGUGAGUCUCGCUGUCGCGAUUCAGGCAAAUCUCCUUGACCCUGAAUUUGGCCGGGACGUCGUUAAGAAAACCUUGAAAGGGCUUGGCACAAAAACUAUUGACAUCCUUGUCAACAAUGCCGUCGUGACUGAUAUGGAGUGCUAUCGACCUAUCAGCGAGACAACCGUCGACCAUUUUUCAAAGCUCAUGCAGGGGAAUGUUUAUGCACACAUGGCAAUUACGACAGAGACCUUGCCGCACUUCCCUCACCAAGGUGGCGGCCGAGCUAUUUAUAUUUCGAGUGCUGCGGCCAAGAUGGGAAAUCCUUCUCCUACCUUCGUUUAUGGGGCCACCAAGGCCGCUCUCGAAAGCAUCGUUCGAUCAUUCGCCAGAGAGUUUGCUAUGUCUACGGGUGCCACCUUCAACAGUGUUUCUGUUGGAACAACCGCGACAGAUGCCUUCGAGGGAGCAAAAGCGUCUGUCCCGGAAGAAUAUCUAUGCGCAAAAAUCGCCGAUGCUACAGCUGCUAAACGCAUCGGAACCCCAGAAGACAUCGCUUUUAUUGUCGGCUUUUUAGCAAGCGAAGAGUCGAGAUGGGUUAACGGUGCAUGUAUUAGUGCAAAUGGAGGGAUGAAGGAGGUCCUGGCAGCACUUGGGUAG